CAGUAUGUGCUUUUGCAUUUUAUCUCCACAUUUAUUACAAAAGUAUUUGGCACAAACUGCUCUUCUUACUAUAAUUGAGAAACAGUGCAUUACAAACACAUCGUCUGCUGUGGCACCAAUUUAUAAUCUCGAUGAAAAAUUGUGGCCUAAGCCGGAAUAUUUUACUCAAAAUGUCAAGUAUGUAGGAAGAAAAACUAAUUUACUAAAACAUUGCGUGCCAUCACCAGGGUCGCGAUGUUUUGAUAACUCAUGGAUUAUUAAAAAUUCGUUGUCUCAUUCUCGCAUCAAUAAUCUCAUUACUGAUAGAAGAUGGGAAGAGCUUCCCACCUUUGUUACCAAAGAUAUACAUAAAUAUGGCAUGGACAUGUAUUAUGAUAAAGUAACAACUAUAAACUCCCACAACUUUAUGCUGCCUUUUUCUGUUUUGAUCAAGUACGAGGCGCAUUUAUUCUUAUGCGAUGGGCCUGAUGUAUCCUCAUAUAAUUGUUACUGGUUCAUGAUAGAUGCAUGGAAUGGAAAAAGUAGCGCAAUUCGAGUUUGUGAUUCAGGAAAUAUUCAAAAACAAUACGAAGGUGGCAAACCACCUUCUGGAAUUUGUGGCAGUUCAACGGCUGAUUAUAAACUCGAUGCAAGCAUUCUCUCCAAAACCAAGUGGACUCAUUUGAAAAUUGUGGCAAAUAAUUAUAAACUUAAAUUAAUCAAUGAGGAGGGUCGAGUCUUGAUUAAUGCUACAAAUCUGCAGCGAAACAUUAUUCCAGGCCAUGUAAUCAUCCAUAGUAAGCGAGUUAUUGGGAUGUGGAAAAUGCACACGUUUGAUUACUUCUAUUCAGAUUCGGAAGGAACGACGGAAUUUAAAUUAGAUGUUGGGUCUGGACAACGAUGUCUAUCCAUGUUAUCAUCUAUGUGCAACAAAUGUACUAUGUUGAUUCAAAUUUUGACAUAUUUUUGGAAAUGGAAGUAUAGUGAUAAUAUUUUAUAUUCCCGCGAGCUGCCGAAUGAUGCGAAUGGAAACUGGCAAGAGCACAAAUUUCAUUUCAACACUGAAGAAGCAACCGUAUAUAUCCGAAUAAACAAAUCAGGGAGUGCAGGAAAGAGCAAUUUUUGGGCCGUCAGCGAUAUAAGGACCUGUGAAACAAAUGAACUACGAAUAACUCAAAUCGAUGAUCAAAAUAAAUGGACUCGAAAAUGCCAACAUCUGGCAACAGGUGAAAUAAUGGACUUGGACGAGCCAAAAAUUGAAAAACUAGAAGAUAGAAACAAAUGCAAUGAAUAUCAGUUUGGUGAGGAUUGUAUCUCAUGCAAAACAAUUUUUGGACAAAACUUGUGCCCCAAACAAUCUAAAUAUUGCCAGCUGGUAGCCACAGAAAAUUCUAACAUCCUUCGCAAAAGAUGUUUCUGUUCGAUCGGAUCUGCUGGUCGAAAUUGCAAGGAUUCCUGUUUGGCUUCAAAUUAUGGUCACGGCUGUAGUGGAAAUUGUAAAAACUGUCAAGACACUUGCUCGAGGGAUCCAAUUUUCGGAAAAUGCGAUUCUAAAUUUUGCACUGACAAUUUUCAAGGGGAAAAAUGUGACCAACCAAGCAUAAUAUUUAUUUUUUCACAAGAACCAAAAAUUGAACCAGAGUAUAGAAGCUGUAAGGUGACUCUUAAAUCAUUUGAUGGAACUGGCAUUAAAGUGGGAAUGCAGUUUUACAAAUUUCAAUACAGAAAGAAGGGGCAAAGCGAAUGGAAAAAUACAACUAGCGUUCCGUUUAAUGAAAUUCGAAUGAUAGAAAUCACUGGUCUAGAAGUUCAGUCGAAUUAUGAACUCAGGAUGUUUGGAUAUAAAGAAAUACCUAAUAUGGAUGAAAUGAGGUUUAUUGAAAAUGAAAACAUUUUACCGACAUAUACUUUUCAAACGAUCUGUAGGGACCCUAAAUCUAACGAUAUUUCAAUUAUAACUGAUGCAUUUUCUGCAACAAUUACAUAUUUAAAGGCAAUCGAUCAAGAAUUAUGUGACAUCGAUGCGUAUACGAAUAAUGUAAACGGAACCACUAUAAACAUUUCAAAUGAGGCCAAUCCCUAUAAAAUGAUAAACUUAAAACCAUUCUCAUUGUACAUUUUUAGUAUAUCGAAAAAUCUUAACAAUAUUGUAUCUAAAGAAUUUAGAACACUAGAAUCUGCUCCUGGAAAGCCUGAGGAAUUUAUUUAUGAAGAAGAUUUACAUGGAUCCAUUACUUUGAAAUGGAAAGAACCAUCGCAAGUAAAUGGAAAUUUAAUUUACUACUCUAUGUCAGAAAUAAUUCGAUUCAAAGUAUGCGAAGAUCCAAACAUUCUACUGGAAACGACAAGAAACUUAAGCGGCAUACAGAGGCAAUUUCAAAUACCAGACCUCAAGCCCUAUGCAAGGUAUUCGUUCAGCAUUAAAGCACAUACAGUUGCUGGUUCCAGCGAAUCAGCAAAUUUGGUAUUUGAGACACUAGCGAAAGACAAACCUGAUGAAGAGGAGUUUCCUAAAUUGAUGAAAAUUUCUCUUGACGUAACCCAAGUUAAGAUCGAAUUCAAUUUAAUGGACUGUAAAAAGCUUACGGGAACAUUAAAAGUUGUAUUCAAAGUGAGAGGAAUGGAUUCUUGGUGUAAUGUUACACGAUUUAGUAGUAGUUUAGACCUCCAAAAAAGGUUUAUAAUAUCUGAUUUAAUUGCAUAUUGUAACUAUGAAGUUACUUUGCAAUAUUUUCGAGUUGGUAUCGUUCAAAAGGAAGAAAUAAUUAGAUUUAAAACUGAAGAAGGGGUUCCAAAUCCUGUAAAUGAUCUCUUAGUUACUUCAAAAGGCACCGAUUUUUUUUCGUUGCGCUGGCUUCCGCCUUAUCCUCCAACUGGAAAGCUGGAAAAAUAUAAUAUCGCCAUUUCUUAUAAACCAAAAACAUGGUAUGACUUUAAAUAUGACAAAAGUGUAACAUUUGUGCCAGAGGCUUGUGAAUUGUGGCCAGAAUUACAUUGCACGAGAAUUGCUGUGGAUAAUGAACAUUAUGUUUAUCAAUUUGAGGUAUCCUCAAAAAACCAAGGAAAUGGUGAAUUUUCCGUGAAAAAAAACAUUUGCAAACAAGCAGAAGAAUCUACUCCAGGUAAACCUUACGGGUUAUCGUAUAGUUGGACCUACGAAAAUUUCUUAUAUCUGGAAUGGUUUCUUCCGAAUGAAACGAAUGGAAAGCUGACAGGCUUUGAUGUUUUCGUAGAUGGAAUUCCUCACGAGUAUAAUUUAGAUCCUCAAGAAGAAUAUAAACUGAAAUAUAAUAAAACAAUUCAGGAAAAUUUCAAAUUGCCAAAGCAAUAUGCUGUAAGAAUUACAGCCCGUAAUUUGGCGGGAACAUCUGAGCCAGAUGUUAUAUUCACAAAGAAGAGCCCCCCUCCAAUACCAUCAAAUUCAAUCAUUUCUACUGACAGAACUGAAAAUUCUUUAAGGGUAAUAUUUAAUGAACCUGAUACUCCAAUGUAUUACCAGCGGUUUUUUUAUGGAUUAAUAACGGAAUGUGAUACAUGCGAUGAUGAUUUAGUUAUUGAAUUUAAGAAAGUCUUAAUGGAUCAUCAUAUUUCUUACGAUGAAGUAGAGACAAAAACAACCAUUUCUUUCUGGAAAAGAGUUAUCAACUAUAAAUACCAACAACCAACAGAAAAAUUUCUUUCCAUAAAUAUUAGCAACACGACUAUGAAUUAUGCUAUUAAAAAGAGUGCUACAUAUCUUGUAGCCUUUAUUUGGAUAAACAAGGAACAAGGAUUUAUUAGAAGCAAGUACACUUUAAUAAAAAGUAAAGGUCAGUCUAUAAGGCAUCCCGAUGGGAAUUUGGGUUCUAUUGGCAUAGCGUCUAUUGUGGUUCUAACGUUGUUUUUGAUAGUAAUGUUAGCCGUGAUAGGAGUAAGAUACAAGACACCACUAAUAAACAAAGUGAGAAGUAUAUUUGCAGCCAAGGAACAAGAUCGCCGCAUAACAGAAUCAUCCAUUUCUCUAAAUCCGACAGCUGAUGAGGUUAGAUACGUAAACCGUCAAGAAUUAAAAAUGAGCGGCUAUAAAUCUGGAAGACGAGCAUCUAGAUGUAUAAGACCAUUAUCCGUUUUAUUUACGGAAGAGAUUUGUCCAGGCGUCCCACAAUUUAAGACAAUACAUUCUAAACGUAUCAAGUUGGAGGACUUGAGACAAUAUGUGAAACAGGCUAUCGAGUCUGGUGAACUUGCGACACAACACGCAGCGUUUCCCAAAGGGCAAACAAAACCAUGGGAUUAUGGAAAACUUCCAGAAAAUAAAACGAAAAAUCGCUAUCAAAAUCUUAUUGCCUACGACCAUUCAAGAGUUGUGCUGAAUAAAUUCGACAGAGAUGAAUAUUCGGAUUAUAUUAAUGCAAAUUAUAUUGAUGGUUAUCAACGUCCAAAGGCGUAUAUCGCGACUCAGGGUCCAAAACCAAACACUGUAAAAGAUUUUUGGCAAAUGAUCUGGGAAGAAAAAGCUACGCAUAUCGUUAUGAUGGCUAACGUUAUUGAAGGCAAUAAGAAAAAGACUGAACAAUACUGGCCAAACGUCAAUGAAGAGGUAACAUUUGGUGAUUACAAAAUUACCUUCAUACACUCAGAAAUCCACGCACACUAUGAAUACAGAAAGUUUAAGGUCCAGUUUAAGUAUUCUACGCCUAGACAGGUUGCACAAUUGCAUUUUAAAGUAUGGCCCGAUCAUGGAGUUCCUCUAUAUCCUCAGACCCUAAUACCUUUUCUGCAAAGACUAUUAAUAUUACGUUCUUGGGACUUUCCUUUAGUAGUUCAUUGCAGUGCUGGUGUUGGUAGAACUGGUACCAUUAUCUUGUGUGACAUUUGUCUGCGAAUGGCCGCUUCAGAAGGAUCAGUGGAUAUAUUUAGCAUGUUGGAACAUCUUAGGAAUCAGCGUCCUAACAUGGUGGACAAUAUUGAACAGUAUAAGCUUGCCCAUUUGGUUAUACUUAACUGUCUGAUGGGGUUAAAUACUAGCAUUCCAAUAGAUGAGGAUUUUGAAAACUCAGCGAAAAAAAUCAAGAAUAUUGAUCAUCAGCUCAAUUAUAUUCGAGAUUGUGAAUGGGAAGACGAAGCUAUGAAGACAGUGGCUUUUUAUGAUGAUGAAGAACUUCCAUUUGAUCCAACAAAAAAUCGAUUCGCUCAUAUUAUUCCAGAUAAAGCUGCAAGUGUGUUUCUACUUCCCAUAUCUACGCAAUCAAACUCGGCAUACAUAAACGCUGUACAUGUCGAUGGAUUUUGUCAUCCGAGGCGAUUCAUCGUGACCGAGUUUCCACUUCCGCAUACCAUCGGCGAUUUUUGGCGAUUGAUAGCAGAAAGAGAUAUUUCCGUAGUUAUUUGCCUUAAUGAAAUUCCCGUCAAUGAUCUUACUUGUAAGUUGUUUUGGCCCAAGCACAACAAAAAUUUGGUUCCGAAUGAAAUAAUUGAAGUGAAGCAUAUUCAAAGCAAAAAUCUUCAAUCUUAUUCUAUUAUGAAUUUUGAGCUUUCGUCGUAUUAUGAACAUAGAGGGAAAGAAACCAAAGAAGUCCAAAUUGUAAAAUUCCACGGCUGGAAUUAUCCAGAUAUCAUCGACCACAGUGAUUUUUUCACAUUUGUAGAAGAAGCUAUGAUGAUUGGAAGACAUUCAAAUCAAAUACUGGUAACUUGCUAUGAUGGUGUAACAGCUUGUGGACUAUUUACAGCCAUGUCAUUUCUAAUAGAAAAAAUUAAAUUAGAACAAGAGUGCGAUGUAUGUCAAGCGAUUCGCACAAUUCGAACAAGCAGAAAACAAUUUUGCAACACUAAAGACCAGUUGCAGUUCCUCUACAAAGCUUCAAUUUUGUAUGUGCAAGAACGGUUUCAAACUUACUCCAAUAUAAAUAUGAAAAAAUAGUUUUAGUUCAAUUCAAUGUUUAUAAUCUGAUGUAAUUUUAAUAAAAACAAUUAAUUAUUUAA